UGGUAUGGCCUAUGGCCACUACCAGACAUAUGGGUCCCGUUUCUCAUCACUCUCUCCACCACCUAAUCCUCUCUCUUUCUUCUCCUUGAACACUCUCUCCAGAUUUCAAGAAACCCUUAAAAUCCUCUCUCUGUCUCUUUCUGUGUUGUUUGUUUUCUUGUUUCCUUCUCUCCUCUUUCUUUGUCUCCUUUGCACUCUCAGGUUGUUUUCUUUUCUUAAGUUCUUGACUUGUAAAGUCUCUUUUGGGUUUUGUUGUUGUUGUUGUCUAAAUGAUUUCUGAGCUUGAGAUGGAGAAAGCUGAAAGUGAGCUAGAGCUUGGUCUAGGGCUCAGUCUUGGCGGUGGAACGGCGGCCAAGAUUGGUAAACAAGGUGGUGGCGGCGCGUGGGGAGAGCGUGGGAGGCUCUUGACUGCAAAAGAUUUUCCUUCUGUUGGCUCUAAACGAGCUGCUGACUCUGCUUCUCACGCUGGUGCUUCUCCUCCUCGUUCAAGUCAAGUUGUGGGAUGGCCACCUAUUGGAUCUCACAGGAUGAACAGUUUAGCUGCAAAGUCAGCAAGGGAAGAAGAAGGGGAAGCUGGUAAGAAGAAGGUGAAAGAUGAUGAGACUAAAGAUGUGAACAAGAAAGUGCAAGUUGGGUUUAUUAAGGUGAACAUGGAUGGAGUUGCUAUAGGAAGGAAAGUUGAUUUGAAUGCUCAUUCUUCUUACGAGAAUUUGGCGCAGACACUGGAAGAUAUGUUCUUUCGCGGUAACCCGGGUACUAUCGGGUUAACGGGUCAGUUCACCAAGCCGCUGAGGCUUUUAGAUGGAUCUUCUGAGUUUGUACUUACUUAUGAAGACAAGGAAGGAGAUUGGAUGCUUGUUGGUGAUGUCCCAUGGAGAAUGUUCAUCACCUCGGUGAAAAGGCUUAGGGUGAUGAAAACCUCUGAAGCUAAUGGACUCGCUGCAAGACAUCAAGAAUCGAACGAGAGACAAAGAAAGUGACAGGUUUAGCUCUCUUUUCCACAUUACGUUGUUACAGGUUUUUAUUUUGUGGGGUUUUUGAAGCAAGCAUAAGGAAGAAACAGAAGCUAGAUUGAUCAUUAUCAAAGGUUGUGUAUGUUUCUUGGUUCUUCUAAUGGUUUUUCCUAGUUUUUUCUUUAGGGUUUUUUUAUCUUUUAUUGCUGUCUUUUAUUUUGCUGUUGAGAUUUCAUCAUAUACUAUGGAAGAGAAUGCUCUUUAUUUCUUUUACCACACUGUAAAUAUUUGAAGCUUAUCUAAUAUCGUUGUUAUGGGUUUUGUAACAA